AUGCAGGAACUCAGUACCAAGCUUACAGAAAACUUGAGCAAUUUUAGAGCUAUGGACAGCUUAAUGCAGGGCUCUCUCGAUGAACUGAAGAGAGAUACACAACGUGUCAAUCAUGCUCUCGAAGAACACAUACCGUUCAUCCAUGAGGAGCUCCAAAACUCUCUUGUCUCCUUGGAGGAAUUGUCACAUACACUUCCACAAAUUCGAUCACAUGUGACUGAAAUCCGACGCAUAUACGAUUCUGGUCGAGAGAAAGCUAAGAAUCUCGUGCAAGACCUCAAUUGGCUGAACACUGAGUGGCAUGAGCGCUGGCGAAUCAUCAUCUUCACGAACCGUUCCCCGGUUUCGUGGUGGUGGACUGCCACAAUGCGUGUCUUGUUUGCUGUCACCUUCAUAACAUUUGGAUGGAUUACUUGGGUAGCAAUUGCAGGUGCCUAUACAGCUCACAGACAAAGGCUUGUCUGGGGGGAGAGGCUGAUGUCCUAG